CACAACUAUUUUUGAAGAAAAUAUUUCUUAACCCUACAUUUAGAUAUCCUGGUUAUACACCAAUAUUACUUAGGGCAAUAGAACUAUGGUACCAUGAUCCACAGGUGACAACGCCAAUACUAAAAUUAUUUGCUGAACUAGUACAGAACCGGUCCCAAAGGCUAUUAUUUGACGUUUGGUCACCAAAUGGUAUCUUACUUUUCAGGGAGGCUAGUAAAAUAGUCUGUAGUUACGGUAGUAGAAUAUUAAAUGUAGAGGUGCCUAAGGACCAAACGUAUCCGCUCAAGCUGAAGGGAAUCUCGAUAUGUUUUUCGAUGCUUAAAGCGGCAUUGUGCGGCAAUUACGUCAACUUUGGUGUGUUUAGAUUGUAUGGGGACGAAGCGCUCGACAACGCCUUAAACAUUUUCGUCAAAUUGUUACUGUCGAUUCCCCAAUCAGAUUUAUUGGAUUAUCCGAAAUUAUCACAAACAUAUUAUUUGCUGUUGGAGUGCCUGGCUCAGGAUCACAUGAGUUUCCUAUCGACGUUGGAGCCUCACGUGUUUCUCUACCUUCUCUCGUCGAUAUCGGAGGGCCUCACGGCUUUAGGUGCGCAACUCAAUAACUACACAGACACGAUGGUAUGUACCGGGUGCUGCGCUACUCUCGACCACAUAGUGACCUACUUAUUUAAAAAACUUACUCAAAAAGUUUAUCCGGGUAAAAAACCUCACGCCGCAAUGGCACCGUCAAGCGACAUGUUCCUUAAAGUGUUAGAAGUCCAUCCGGAAAUACUCCAACAAAUUCUCAGCACAGUUCUCAACGUAAUUAUGUUCGAGGAUUGUCGAAAUCAAUGGUCAAUGUCGCGGCCACUUCUAGGACUCAUUCUUCUCAAUGAAGACUAUUUCAAUCAGAUGCGCGAAAAUAUUAUUAGAUCACAACCUCCGGAUAAACAGGCGCCGAUGGCGCAGUGGUUUGAAAAUUUAAUGGAUGGAAUUGAAAGGAAUCUACUUACAAAAAAUAGAGAUAGGUUUACUCAAAAUUUAUCAAUGUUCCGACGAGACAUAAACGAUUCGUUAAAAGGUCCCAAUGUAAAUACAUCAUCUGUGAGUGAUAUGAUGACGUCAUAGUUAUUAAUUUCGAGCCUCGGCGGUUUUACCAUCUGACGAUCGAGCCGUUGUAAUAAUGUACUUUGUGAAAUAAAUAAAUGAGAUGAACCCGAAAAAAUAAAACUGAUUAAAAAAGAGAAAAUGAUGAAAUGAAAGCUAAAGAGAAACAACAACACUUGUAAUUAGGUACACACUCCGCAUUUAAUUUCGUUUUUAAAGUAUCAUUCGUCGCGUUUAUGAAACAAUCCGGUUUUUCGCUUCCUUUCGGUCGCCCCCAAAUCCAUUUCGUUAUUUUAUUAAUUAUUAUUAUUAUUUCUUUUUUUAUGUCCAUCACAUCCGUGUAACUAUACAUACAUAUUUAUACUUGUAUAUGUAAUUUGGUUUACACUAUUGUAAAUUAAGAAAGAUGAAGUUGUAAUAAAUUGAUUAGAACUUUU